CCCGCCGAGGCGCUCGCUCGGGGCAGGGAGUUUCGCAGCCGUCAGCGUCGGGCCGCGGCUCCGCGGGGUUAGAGACGGUCGCGAUGGUGCGGGCUGCGGUGCUGCUGCUCGGACUGGCCGCGCUGUGCCGAGCGCAGGUGGCGCCACCCACACUGAACAUCAGCCUGGACGACGAGCCGGAGGUGCGCUGGGAGCCGCUGCUCAAGGUCUUUGACGUAGAGUAUCUGAAGAAAGCCGGCGCAGAGGUGAUCGACUCUUCUCAUUCUGCCAGCUCCACUGUGCCGAAGUGGGUGCACCAUGCGGUGAAACCAAUAGUGAAGUCCCUGGAGAGGUUCGUUCCUCAGCCGUAUGCGGGCGAGAUCCGCGGCAUGGCCUCACACUUUGGCGGAAGCCUGUCAGACGUCAUCAUACUCAACUUCGCGUACGAAAUAUCCGCAUUUUGCACUAGCAUUGUAGCUCAGGACACCAACGGACACGUGUACCACGGCAGAAACCUCGAUUACCCACAUCCUGUGCUGAGGAAUCUCACCAUCAAUGUAGUUUUCCUGAAGAAGGGAAAGGUGGCGUACCGUGGCACUACCUUCGCCGGCUAUGUUGGCCUGUGGACGGGGCAGAGUCCCCACAAGUUCACCGUCUCUGGUGACCAGCGAGGCAACGAGAAGUGGUGGAACUGGUGGAAGAAUCUGGUGUCGGCGUUUCUCUACCGGCGAUCCCCGGUCAGCUGGUUGGUGCGGGAGACGCUGGAGGAGGCGGAGGACUUUGAGGACGCAGUGAUGCGCCUUUCCAAAAUCCCCAUCAUCACCGGGGUUUACUACAUAGUGGGCGGCGUGCGGGCGGGGGAGGGCGCCGUCAUCACCAGAGACCGACAGGGCCCUGCUGAUAUCUGGCCCCUGGACCCGCUGCACGGAGGAUGGUUCCGGGUGGAGACCAACUUUGACCACUGGCUUCCUCCUCCGGCUCAGGACCAUCGCCGAGACGUAGCCAACAAAGCACUAAACGCUACCGGCCAAGGUCACAUAAACAUGGAGACGCUUUAUCAGGUUUUGUCGCAGUACCCGGUCUGUAACGGAAUCACAGUUUACACCACGACGAUGAGCUCAGCAGAACCUGACAAGUACAAUACCCUCGUUAGGCCGCAGGGCUGUCCUUACACUGACUGACUCCGGCACCAAGCUGUCAGAAACACAGGCUUUGGAUGCAGCCACACAGUGUGCUGAUAUACUGGUUCAUGGCGAUGAUGUGAGGUGAAUAAAGAAAAAGAAACAUUGA